CAGCCUCCCAUCCCCAGCCUCCAUCCCAGCCUCCCAUCCCCAGCCUCCACUUCAAUCUCCAGCCUCCAUCCCCAACCCCCAUCCCCAGCCUCCCAUCCCCAGCCUCCCAUCCCCAGCCUCCAUCCCAGCCUCCCAUCCCCAGCCUCC